CUCCCUCCCCUUCCCACCGGAUGUGGCGGAAUUCUUCCAAGUAGGGCCUUCGCUUAUCUAUAAACCACCUGGAAAGAGAUUGGCGAUGACUCAUGUUUCAUUGAUUCAAUUGAACAGUAAGGCAGCUGCCGGUUUCCCUGCAUAAAAGACUAAUUAAUUCGUGGCUUUAUGUUUGGGUGCCAUAAAUCAAUCAUCCUUGUGCAUGUGAUUGUGGGAAAAAAUUAUUAAUCGAUUUGCCAAAAAUCUUGAUGAGAACUCUCAAUUACAGAUAUGUAUAUUAAUAUUUUUUUUUUUUAUUCAAACUGGACUGUCAGCAGAUCCAUGACAAGAUCUAUGAUGAUAGUUGGACUAUAGUGCAAUGACUAAGCUUUCAUGACACAUCUAGAUUUUAUUAGUUUCAUUCCCUCGGAUGAUUAGUGAACUAUCAUUUUUUGUCUUUUAACUAUCUUUCAGAAAUCGAAUAUUUUCUCAAAAAGAAGAAGGAGAGAUACCAUAUUGCUUAUCCACAAUUUAUUUGUUGCCUUGGAUUAAUUAGCAUGAAUCACAAUUCAGAGCUACCCAAAUACUCGGCAGUGCAUGCCGACUUUAGUGACGCUCGGACGAACGCACUGAUCCAUACGAAAAUAAGGCGAUCGACUGCCGACUUCAAAUGGGGAUCCGCGAUAGUUGGUGCGCUUGCUCCAUUAGUCUGUCCGGAGUCCCGGUUCGAACCCUGAGGGAGAUGAUGGCGAUGAUGGGCUCUCAGCCUAUUCUCUUCUCUGGCCGCUCCGCCGACCAACGAACAGCCGUAAUCGGCGGUGCUGGCGGCGGAGGAGGAGCACGAGGAGGAAGAGACGGUGGUGCCGGAGUGCUGCCCCUGCCCCUGCCCCUGCGAUGGCCGAAGAAGAUAACGAGCGGUUCCAAUCCCUUGGUGAAGCACUGCGUGAAGAUCCGCCUCAGCUCCUCCUAUCGCCACUCCUACGGCUCGGUCCUCGUUGUCGGCCUCACCCCCAUCUUGGAGAUAUGCGGCUUUCAAAAAUUGAAGGAUGAUGAAUCCUCUGUACUGGAUUGUUUGCUUUUGCUAGAUGGUGCAGAGAUUCCGCAAGAAAUCUGUGACCCCUCUACUUCGGUCGUGCAUGUCAGCCCAAUCGUGAUGAAAAAAUUGUCUGGCAUGCAAUCUAUUGAUUCUGUCGAAGCAAUUGCCCUCAUGAAGAUCCCUGAAAGAUUUCGUGAACUGAAUGGAGAUCCAGAAGAAAUGAUUUACCAAAAUUGGUUUCCUUCGCCUAACCGGAUAUUAGUCCUUGAUGGGAUCCAGGACCCUGGUAAUCUUGGCACACUGAUAAGAUCAGCUGUGGCUUUCAAAUGGGAUGGCGUCUUUCUGCUUCCUGGGUGCUGUGAUCCUUUCAAUGAGAAAGCCCUACGAGCAGCCCGAGGAGCUUCUUUUCAGCUCCCUGUUGUUUCUGGCAAUUGGUCUCAUCUUAAGGUUUUGAAAACCAAAUUUAAAAUGAAGAUGUUAGCUGGCCAUCCUGCGAAUGUUAGUGAUGGAUCAUUUCAAACUUCCUCACUAUCUCGAGAAUUUGCUGAUGCAUUGGCAGAUUUGCCUCUUUGCUUGGUGUUAGGCAGUGAGGGGCAUGGCCUUUCUGAGCAAACUGUUCAAGCCAGUGAGCUAGUAAGCAUUCCCAUGGAAGGCACCUUUGAGUCUCUUAAUGUUUCAGUUGCAGGAGGGAUUUUUUUGUUCAUGCUACAGCCUGAAAACCUAAAAUUGCUAUAAUAUUUGACAACCAUCUGGCUUCUUUUGCUUUAUAAA